AUGAUAGUGAACGUGGUUACUGAACCAGAUGAACUUACCACCAAGGACCUCAUCGCCCAAGCCACUGUACUAACUGGGUGUUACCAGUUUACUCUGGACCAUCUGACCGACGGAGCGUCAUUCUGGCUAGUGGGAAGAGAUAGUGCCGCAGACUUUCGAAUCGCUGUUUCUCCACAGUCUUCAAUCAGGAGCAGACAUGCGGUUUUCUCUUUCCACGCCCAGUCAUUCGCCUUUAGUAUCAGGGCCGCUCACAAAGGGGUUCGGCAUUUAUCAGUCAAUGGUGGGACUGUAGGCCGAGACUCGAAGGGAUUGCUUAAGAACUGUUUGAUAACAAUGGGCGACCUAGUAUUUGACUAUCACUACACACCAUGGGCGUACUCCGCCAUUUUUGAUGCCGAGAAAACAGCUACUAUACGUCGAUUGGUCGGUGACACGGUACCUCCAAUCAUGCCUCCAACACCAGAUCCGGACGCUCUCGAGAUCGGACAAUAUGUCCUAGCCCAGCAUGCGGGAAAGGGCGGUAGUGGUACCGUGUCCAUGGGCGUAAGCACGGGCCAUAAACUUGUCGCAAUCAAGAAUCGGUACUGUCGCGACACAUUUGCGAUCGAAAGGGCCAAAAAUCAAAUUCCAAACAUGGAGUCCCUCAGUAAAAACAGCGAAAAUUCGGAACCAAAGCCGAGGAUUCUGCAGCUACUAGAAGCAAAGUGGCAGUUCAACCCGGAUGCGCAGGCGCGACCCGCGGACUCCAACAUGGUGUACUUUGUGUCUCAUGCAUACCUCUCGAUUACCUUAGCAGACCUGAUAAAGAAAGGGCACAAAUAUACUGAAAGAACAUUCGUCAACAUCCUCGAAGCUGUUGCUUCUCUCCACAGACAGGGCUGGAUCCAUCGGGAUAUCAAGCCAGCUAACAUCGGAUUUACGAACGACAAAGACGAUUGGGCAGUUUACUCGACAUCGACGAUAUUAUCCGAGUGCCUGAGACGGCCUACCCUCCCGAACCUGGGUGCUACGGCACCAUACCUUACUUAG